AUGGCCACGCCUAGUAGCGACCCGGCCGCGGCUCCGAAAGGAGAAGCAGCAGCAGCGCCAGUGGCAGGAGAUGGAGUUUUUUCCGCGACAACAUUUGUGGAAAACACCGACAGCGGCAGCGCACAACAGGCAGACGAGAGAUAUCCAGGUGGCACGGCAGUCAGCGGCAGCACAGCAGGAGGGGCCGUGACAACCAGCGGGGAGACGGACAUGGAUCCAUUGUCGAGAGCGGAUGGCGAGAUCGCGCAGUCACCAGCCAGGGGCUCAAGCUCGACCCCAUUUGAGCCAGCAUCCGCUGGAAUGUAUCACGAAGAUGGCCACAGCUCGUACGAAACCUCUGACACUCAUGGCGAUUCGAGUUCAUUCUCCAUAGGGCUGAGCGUUGACUAUGAUGACGACGACACAGACUCGGCAUUGGGGAGUGCGUUAGGGGGAUCGAGCAUGUCUGCAACGUCGAGUAUCUACGAGUUCGUGGAAGAAUUUGGAAGGACUUUCCACCGGUACAAGGAAGGCACCUUGCAAGUGCUCGAAUGGAAAUUAUACCUGGCGCCGCUCGAGAGCCCCAGCCGGGUUCUUGACCUCGGCACGGGAACUGGCAUCUGGGCGAUAGAGUUUGCCGACCAGAACCCUGGAUCCGACGUCCUUGGUACCGAUCUCUCGCCCAUCCAACCCGAAUACGUGCCCGCCAAUUGUCGAUUCGAGAUUGACGAUGCCGAGGACGAAUGGAUCUACAGCCAAAAGUUUGACUACAUCCACGGUCGUUACAUGUGCGCUUUUCUCACCGACUUUCCAAAGUUGUUCCGGAAUAUAUACGACAAUCUCGUGCCAGGUGGAUGGGUCGAGUUCAUGGAGACAUUGAUCUUUUUCCAAAGCCCAGAUGGCACACUGGAGGGGACUCCAUUGCAGAGGUGGAAUGAGCUCAUUAUCGAGGGCGUCAAAAACAUGGGCCGCAAUGUCCUUUCCUGCAAAAAGUACAAGAGGUGGAUGCUAGAAACUGGUUUCGACCAGGUGACAGAACGAAAGUACACAGUGCCCGCCAAUACAUGGGCCAAAGGUCGCAAGAAUAAGGAGCUCGGCGCCCUGCAAAUGGUCAACAAUCUCAACGGCGUCUAUGGUCUGACCAUGACCGUUCUCACAAAGGGGCUCGGUUGGUCGAGUGAAGAGGUCGAAGUCCUUCUUGCCGACGUGCGGCGAGAUAUGAGUGACAAGAAUAUUCACGCCUACAUUACCAUUUACGUCGUCUACGGUCAAAGGCCCUACUAA